UAUAUUUAAAGAUGAAUAGAGGCUCACCUCGACUUAGUAAUCAAGGAGAGGAUCAAGAAGGUGUCAGUGCAGGUAUUCAGUCGGACGCAGGGAUAUCUUCACAGAAUAAGGAGCAGAAUAAGGGCCAUCAGAUGAGACCAGACCAGAUACAACCUCAGGGUCUGUAUCUGGGUCUCUCUACAGCUCAAGCUUAUUCAAUAAUGAAGAACAUUCCAACAAAAUAUAGGUUACUUGAAAAGAAUUAUUUGAAAAAGCAACCAACACGUAAAAGAGUGAGGGCCGAGGCCCCCUUCAGGAAUAGUAAGAAGCUCAAUAUUACUGCAAAGCCGAGAUCUAGGAGGCAGAGAGAGGCUAAGAACGUCAAUGAAUAUAUCAGUUCGGAAUACAUAGACCAGAUAGACUACAUGGGCCCUCCAGAAAAUUUAGAAGAUAACACUUCCUUGUCUCGUAGAAACAGUGGAGUUGGAAAAAGAGUUCAAGCAAGAUGUGAUCGAGGCAGAUAUUCCUCUGAUUUUAAGAAGAAUAUCGACCCUAUAGCACCAAGUGAAACUAUUGAUGAAGGAAAACACAGUUCGAACAAAUCAGUCAUAGAAGAGGAAAAUUCGCCUAUAAUGAAAGAGGAAGAGCUCAUGGACUCUAAUAAGCAUAUAAAAAGUAAUGAUCUCUCAAAUCACCCACAAAUGAUGAAUAAUGUUUCAAACCCGAUUAGUACUGAUAGCUCUAAACCAGUGAAGGAAUCACCUCAAGGUCCAUCAGAUAGGCUGCAAGCUGAAGAAGAGCCGUUGUCAGGAAGCGAUGAUCAUUUCUCUACUCAAGCAAUUUUGUCUGCAUAUUCAAAGAAAAGUGAAAAGCUGUUUGCUACCCUCAACGAAGUAAUUGAUGUACAUUCGAGAACUUCUGUCCCUCAAAGAAUCAAGCUUAUCAAGAUGCUCUUUAGUACCCUGACUAGGAAAGAAUCUGAAAGCUUCUUCAGCGCAUUUAAAAGAGAGUUUGGGAUUGAUCUCAACAUUUUUGAUAUUUGUAAGAAUCCCGCUACUGAUACCAAUUAUAAAUAAAAUGAGCCUGGCUUGUCUAAAUCCGAUCUUCAUCGAGCGUAUAUAUAUGGAGCUCGAUCUUAAAUAACCUGGCUAACAAGCUUUCUUACAUAAGCUGAGAAGAGCCAUCAUUUCCUAUGAAUAAAGAAAUGGCAAGGCAGCUUCAGAAUUUUAUAGGCAAACCCGUGGAUACUAGACAAAGAAAUCAUGAGAAUGGAUAUCAGCAUGCAAUGCCUUCCCGGGCUCCUGAGUACCCAAACCAUUCACAGAUGCCACCUAAUAUGGCAAAUAUGAGGCAAAAUUCCCAGUAUGCAAUGAAUGGAUAUGAUCAUAAUUCAAGAGAAAGACACCACAACGGAACCAAACAAAACUACAUGCCUGAUGAUUAUGCCCAUCGAAUGAGAAAAUACGGUGUCAUGAACGGAGAUCCGAAUCAGAUAUCUAAUCGAUUAAACAGAGAAAAUAGUAGCAAUUACAACCACCCCUCUCACUAUAUGAGUAACAGUAAUUAUUCGUCUUCCCUAGAUCUUGCUAGGAACCAAGGACCUGAUCCUCGUCAUCUAAUGCACGAAAGAAUGGAUAAUUUUAGUAGAGAAAGAGAGCAGCCUACAAUCCAUGGGAGUAUUGAUAACUAAUUAACUCAUUGAUUAGGUGCGAUACAUUGGAGAGUGUUGGGCUUUCCCAUGGCAUUAACAACCUUCCUCGUUGUCAAUUUUUGACUGAUGAUCUCCUUCUAUAUAAUACUUAACUCAUUAAUAAGAAUAUCUUUCUGCAAAUUUAUGCUUUGUUUUCAUGGUUUUCUCCCAGCCAGAAUCCACUGCUGAGUGUUCCAGAUUUUCAGAAAAAUUCUAUUGAUUAGAUAUCCAUGGCGGUCCAAAAUUUGAAGCACAGGCAUUAAAUUUAUAGUUCACAAAUACUAGAUCAAUAAUGCUAUGCUAUUAGUGACAAAAUUCUGAACGAAACUUGAAUCAACUGAAGUGGAUUCGAUCCACUCCAGAACUGUUCUAAGAUUUUUUAGGAAUUUCCAUUAUUUAUCUAACAAAUUUCAGCAAUAUUUGCCAAAAUUUGGGUUAUAUAUAAAAAAUUUGUUAUAUUUCUUCCCUUUCAGGUGUCUGGCUUACUUAGGAGCUUCAAAGUUAGCUAAGAAAUAUCAAUAUUUUUAUUUCUCAGUCGAGAUUUCUAAGUUUUGAUAUUCUCUUUG